AUGCCUCAUGGCUCUUCCGGACCGCCACCAAUACCAACAUCUAACAUCACCAAUAUUGAUAUCGCCUCGCCGCCGCAACACUCCCCCCUGGCGGUUCAGAGGUUCAACUCACCCAUCGAACACGACGCUACCAUGAAGAAGACCAAAGUCUUCGGCCCGGCCUCCCCUACCACCGCCCGGCCAAGAACCGGCCACCAGAGUAUCCGGGGCCUGAGAAUAUCAGGUCCAAUUCCUAUGACAAACCCCAUAGAGGACGAUGAAUUCCCAAUAAGGAACCCAGGGACCGGCAUCGCAAGUGCAACACCGCUGGACAGUGACCCUAUCCCGCCGCCGCCGCCACCACAGGCAAUUCCGACCCUCGCCUCACCCGUGACACAGGCCUUCUCUCCUGUCGCACAGUCAGCGCCGAUUCGUGCGGACAUAGUUGAUGUUCCACAGACUGUUCCGGAGCACCCCGGCUCGCCGUCGCCACACCCGUACUCCCAACAGCUCGGGUCUUCCGGGCCAAGCCCCGAGGGCGGCGCCUCUUCCGGCGCAUCGGCCGCCAGGAGCUCUCCGGCACGGUAUCAGCGAACCAAUCCAUCCACCACCACCCGUUUCUCGACCAUAAGCGCCAACUCCGGAAAGACGGGCGACACGUCUCACGAUGUCUCAAACAGUCCACCGCAGCGCAAGAAGUCUACGCUGCGCUCCGCGCUCAGCAAAUUUCUGAGGCGGAAAAAGAAGGAGGGCAGCCUGAGCUCUGUCAGCGAGACCGAUCGACAGUCUGCCCUCGGUGGGCCUUCACAGCAUCGCAGUGUUCCGCCAGCUGCAAGACUCGAUUCUGCGCAGCAGAAUGAGCCAGCUAAGCGUGUGGCGUCCAUGCCUGUUAACGAGUUCGACCGGGCUCUCCGAUCACACUCGAUAGGUCCAGAUGACAUUACGGCCAUAGAAAGCGCGCGUAAUUCCUUGUCGUUCGAUGCUCUAGGCUCAUCGCCAAAUCGUAGACGAGCCGCGACCGCGACCAACAGCAAGCUGUUCCUCAUGAUGGCUCCCGGCCCACGGAGUCGAGGAGAGGAAUGGGCGGGCUUGUCGCCUCGGCCAGCAAGCACACAUGCGCGCGGGAGUCGCUUUACUGAGGACGAUCCUGAGGAGAUCGGUCGGGCGCUUACCAGUGACACUGGCGGCGAGAGUGGGCACAAGCGACGCUCGCGGUCUUUGUCGCAGCUUUACGAGGUUGCACAGGAGCAGAAGGAUGCUAGACGCCGCAGUCGCAGCGAUGAAAUCCGUUUCUGGAGGGAAAGCUAUGAUGUUCCAGGACCACUGUCACCACUCUCAUCGAACCCGAACGAGAACGAGACAGAUAUUGGCAACGAAGACCAGUACGAGCAUGGCCGGGCAUCCAUGAGCGUGGCGGAGUCGCAAAUGGGUGACAAGGUGCCAAAGACACCACCGCAGCCCUUCAAUUUCGGAACAUUGUCUUCCAUGAACGAGAUGGCGGGGAUGAAAAUUACGCAAGCCGCAACUCUCGACGAGAGAUUCGGUUGCCUUGAAAACCGCGUGUACAGGCUAGAGCGAGUAGUGAGCCAACUGUGCCACUCGGUCCCAGGGUUCAAGAGUCCUCUCAUGGAAGUCAAUAACGGAGCCGGGAGUCGCGGCGGACGACAACGGUCAGGCUCUGGGGCCGCGUCUGGAUCUGGGCUACACCAAGUACCCGUCAACAAUCCGACUUACGCUUACAGCAACGUCGUGCCACCCAUGAUACCCUCUAUUUACCAGACCGGCAGCCGCGAUGCUGGCUUGGCACCAUCUUCCCGCCGAUCGGUAGACACCACGGACGACAACACUUCCCAUAUGUCCUUUGGUGAAGGGCGGACUUACAUCGACUCCCUGCACCCUCCUUCCUCUUCUGCGACACAGAACCAAUCCGCCACUGGCGUCCCACCGCCUCAGGCCCCCGCGCUUCUAAGGCCAACAUCAGAGUCCACUGUCCGUCCGGCCACCAGCAUGCCAUCACUGGGGCCCCGAGCGUCCCAAUCCAGCAGCGAGGAUUAUCCGCAAAACAGCGCUGCUCUCGUUGCGCAGCUCGAGAACGAGCGGGCCGCCCGAUACGCCCUCGAGGAACAGGUGCGCAAGCUAUCGGAGCGUAUGAACAACCUCUCAUCCACGAUGUUCGCGAUGGUGCGAGACCCAGCAAAGUCAAAGUCGAGCGAGCGCCUGAGGCCACAGACAGCGACAUCGGCCGUCGCAUCCACCAACGCGGCGCAUCUGGCGCCCAUUUCGGUCAACACGACCAAGGCCGCCCCCACCGUCGACCCGUCCAGCAAGGCGCAGAGCAUCUUCGGCAAGGACAGCCGUUUCAGCAGCGUUACCAACUCACCCGUGGUGGAGGUUGCCGACGACGAGUUCUCCGAGGCAUUCCAGACGCCUAGGGAGGAGCCCGGCGCGACGCCGGGGCUGCAGCAGUACGAGCCCUUCGGCGGCGUCGACGAGUUCGGUGGCAUCGCGCAGUAUCCCGAGGAGGACGAGGACGAGGCUGACCUGAAGAGGAAGAAGGCUGCUAGGACGUUGAGCUUGAGCCAGUUGACCAUGGGCAAGGGGCUGCCGACGAGGAUUUAA